CCGAUAACGACCGAUCCGAGAAGGGCCAUCAAAAGAUCGGCGCCUUUUCCACCGACGGACCAGGCUGCACUCGGCUCGACGCCACGGCCCGCAAUGACAUCGUUCAAGAUCGAAGCCGCGAGCAGCAACGAAGGUGCAGCGGCGUCUUCGCUUGCCACUGCCGAGGUCGCCACCGCGUCGCGUCCCCAAGGCACAGAAACAGAAGACGAAGAAGCCAUCGCUUUGACAGAGCUAAAGCUCGACGCCAACGCCGUACGACCUUCAUUAGAGCCGCGAGUAGCCUCGACCAAAACGCCACCAGACACGGCAAACGCCGUGCUGUCCAUGUGCACUGGCGCCUGUCGACUGACGUGGGAGCAGUCGAGCAUUGUCGGCACCGUGUUCGUUCUCUCCAAGCGCGGCAAAGAAGUCGCAACGCUGUGUGCCGCUUGCUACGCCUCGCAAAAACCGACGCAUUGUGACGACGUCACCGUCACAAUGCGGCUGGCGGCCAGUAUACCGUCGCUCGGCGAGUCGAGUCGCGACAAGCUGGAGGCCUACGCCGACGUUGUGCACCGGUGGACGACCGACGGCCCAUGGAUUGCCAGCAUCCUCGCCUUUGCGCCACUGGCCAUUCCGCUACUGGUGUUGGCCGACCACUGCCAGCUGUCGUCGGCGGCCUUGCCGUGGCCGCUGGGACCGCUGCUCGACAUGUGGCGGAAUCUGCGAAAGUGGCCCAUGCUUGUGUUUGGCGUCUAUCUUGCCGGCGUCCUCGCAGCGCUGAUCGCUACGAGCCCGUUCAUCGCGCAGGUUUGGUUUUGGGCCAUCACCGAGUUUUACACGGUUGUCUUCUUUGUCGUCUACCUCGUGGAACCGCCGACAAAGAAUGUGUCGCGCUGGGACGCCUUGUUCAAGCCGGUGAGCGCGAUCUACGAUGUCCAAAAGCGACUGGACGAUGUCGAUUCCGACGCCCUCCUAGUGCACUUUGCAGCCGCCAAACGCGAAAUUGACGUGACGCGCUUGCAGUUUGUGGCAGUUGACGGCACGUUGAUACCAUCGUCGCACGUGGCCGCGGCCUUUGUCGCCCCCUCGAUCAAGCGUCACGUCGCGAGCCGGCUCGCGGGCCCGCGCUGCGGCAUUCUUCUCGCCAUCAUCGCGACAUUGAGCUACAACACGCCAUUUUUGCUCGCGUGGCCGUCGGGCGCGAAUUUGAUCACAUCGAUGGUCCCUGGUGUGAACGGCCUCGUCAUCUCGCCCGCCGACACUACGUACAACGUCUCGUGGGACGUUGGGUACUGCAACAACGUGUCAUCGACGGCAAGCGACGCGGUCGUCAACUUUUUCAUUUCGCCGCCACCGGAUGUCGGCCGCCCGGCACUGACGUUUGGCUUUACGAUCGAGACCGAAAUGGAUGUCGAGUUUGAGAUCCUCUCGUCGUGGAAUCUGCAGCUGCAGGACGAAUAUCGACACAAUGCCACGGUCGUUCUUGCGAAAGACCAAGCCGCGCUCAGCUUUCUCGCGCGCCUCUCCACCAGUUGCACCACGUUGAACGCGACGGGUUUGAGUUGGAGCAUCCAAUACGACCAUGUCUCGCUCAAGGGGUUUCUAGCGUACGUCGACAAGUUCUUGGCCAUGCCAGGGAUCGUGCCGUCGAUUCUUGCGGCCAAGUACGUGCUGCAACUUGUAUACAUUACGCUGCUCCUCAUUCGAAGUUCGCUCAAGAUCUGGUCGCUCUGGCUGCACUUUGACUCGAUCACAUCGAUGGGCUUUGAUUGCCUUCAGUAUGGCCGCGCGACCAUUGCCCUCACCGAUGCCGGCAACAUUGAAUCGUGGUUCACGCUGCGCAACGGUGUGGCGGCCACGACCACCUUCAUUGUCGAGUUCUCCACCGUCUUUAUCCAGUGCGCGAUGCUCCAGUUUGGGUGGACGUCAACGGUCGUCCUCAUCUACUGCGUCACGGGCAGCGCGCCACUACCAACCUACUUUUUGCUCUUGACGGGUCUCGUCGGGUCGCUCUCACCCCUUGCGAUGCUCGUGCCAUUGGCAGCGGCUCUCGAUAUUCAGCGCGACCACGGCGCGAUGUUGCGGACGCACCUUCUCCGGCUCGAGUUUGAGCGCCGACGCGCCGUCUUAAACGGCACCGAUGCUGGGUUUGAAGAGCGCAUUGCACGGUUCCAAACCAUUAUCGAUGCGGUUGACAACCAUGACGCGCGCAUGACGUUUCUGUGGAUUGAGAUUUCGCUCGCACGCCUCGCGACAGUUGGCGCGACCUUGGCGUCGCUCGUGUCGUACAUUGCCUUGCAUCCCGUGCGAUUUACGUGGGCGGGCCUCAACAUCUACAACUGGAUGCAACGCCAGAUGUGGGCAAAUUCCCUCGACCCUAGUAGCAACACCCCCCAAGCCGUAAACGGUGUUAUCUUCAACUAGACACUUCCACGACGGCAUCGCUCGUACGAGCAGAACGUAAGAAGCGAUACUUUGGCAGUAAAGUCUUUGAGCUUGUCUUUGCCAAGUUGAUUUCAACGCGGGC